CUUGCCACAUCCUGGAGUGUCCCGAGGGAUUAUCCCAAGACGUCAUCAGCACCAUUGGACAGGCGUUCGAAUUGCGCUUCAAGCAGUACCUUAAAAACCCCCCUAAACUCGUCACGCCUCACGACAGGAUGGCCGGAUUUGACGGCUCCGCGUGGGACGAAGAGGAAGAGCCGCCCCCCGACCACCAAUACUACAACGAUUUCCCGGGAAAGGACCCCCCCUUGGGGGGGCUGCUCGACCUGCGCUUGCGGGAAGGGGCUGCCGCCGCUCAGACCCCCAACAAUUUGGGAGCCACCUUGCCGGUCGGGCAAGUGGCUGCUGGGGACUACAAAUCCAAGAAGCCACAUUCAGUCGCACAAG